AUGGCGGGCGCAAUGUAACGUAGGUCAACAUUCUCUGUGGCAACAAGAUGGCGUGGAGAACGGUGUUUGACACCGUAACGUCAAAUAGCGUUGCCGUCAUUUGCGUCCGCCAUCUUUACGUCGCUGGUUAGUUUUGUGAGUUGUUUUUUCAAUAACGUUGCAAAAUGAGUCAUAUCUGGAGCAUGGGAGAUGAUGAAAUCUUAAUAAAUUUUGUUAAGAUUCAUGAGCCAAUUUAUAACAUCAAAUGCAAAGAUUAUAGGAACAACCAGUUGAAACAAAAAUUGUGGAGUAAUAUCGGGGAGAUUCUUAAUAAAACAGAUUCUGAUUGCUCCAAAAGAUGGUGUUAUGUAAGAGAUUAUUAUAUUCGACGUAAAGGAAAACCUGGUAUUGGUUCAAGUGGAGAAGCAGCGAGAAGGAGAGCUAAUCUCCUAUCAUUCUUGGACGGACUCUCCUCGUCACAAAAAAACAGUAUGACUAAUGUUGUUGAUCAUGAGAACCAAGGGGAUGGGAGUGAAAUUAUGAGAAAUACUCAGGAUAAUAGUGAAGGAACACAAUGCAGAAAUCUGAGACUGCAAGAAAUAACGAUUGAUAAUAAUAAAAAUAACGACAAACAAGAUAAUACUGACACUGAUGAUACCAAUGCUGACUGCAAUCGUGAUAGUAAAAUUAAGAUUGCCAAGAAACGAAAAUAUACUUUUAACGCUCAGGAACGCUUGAAUUUUUAUAAGAGAAUAGCUCAGCGAAAACCUACUCUAGAUGAAUUAGAUGAAAAUGAUCUCUUCUUCAGUUCCAUGGCAAAAAUUGUAAAAAAGCUUCCUAGGUCUGAACAAGCUUAUUUAAGGAUGCAAAUUGGAUCAAUAGUUGGUAACGCUGAAUUGCGCCAUAUUUCAAACGAAUUGCCUCAAAGCAGAGAGUAUCCACAAGAUCCACUUACGAAUGCUAAUGAUUCAGAAAUUAAAGUACCUACAAGUAGUAUUAACGCCGGGGAUUUUGAUUAACGGCAAUUCUUUAGCCAAGACCUAUAAUCGUCAUAGAUGAUUAAGAAAAAGUAUUUUCCAUUUCGAAGUCUACUUUUUUUAUAAUUGCGAGCAAGCGUGCAGGCGGGUCACCUGAUGUUAAGUGAUUACCGCCGGCCAUGAACAUUUGCAGCACCGGUGGUACCGCCGAUGCGUUGCGGCCUUUCAAGAAUUUGUUGAUAUACCGCUUGAGUAACCCCGUGUUGUAAUCUAGUGACACCGCCGAAGAGGUUUUUAAAGGAGGAGGAGUGAAAAACAAAAAGUCAUUAAAGUGCGAUUUCUUUUAUUCCAUCUGUAUAGCUUCAUUUUUACAGAUACCUACUUCAUUCACAUAAAUAUUAAAAUACAAUGUAAAAUUUUGCUCUGACUAUUAAUUUUCUUGGUAGGUAACAUAAAAAAAAAGAAUUUCAUUUUGAGCAAUAGUUUUUUCAACUUUGUAUAAUAUAAGCUUCACAUUGACUUUAUACUUUAUUAUAAUUAGGUACAUACAUAUUAUAGUAAGAGAUCUAAUGAGAACAAUUAUUUCACAUCUAUAGAGAACGGAGAAAAUACCAUAGAGAUUAGGUAUUAAUUUUUUUUAAUGAGUCUUCUAAGAUUUCUAAGACAUCCAAAAAUGAAAACAGGGUUUGUAUUGUGGUCGUACAAGUAUUCGGCGGUAAUAUAUUAU